CCUACAGACACCUCCCCCUCUAAGCCCCUCUGGCCCAGCCGGCUUGGAGGAUAGUGCCGCAGUGAAAGCAUCCGAGCUACGCGUUCUGGUCAGAGGAGGCCUUGAUGGAGGGGUGACGAUAGGAAGCAGACGAGCGGAUGGGGAAGCCAACUGCAGCAGGAUUCCUGUGUGCAGGCCUGCGGGGAGGACAUUGUAGAAAUGGUUGACAUGGAAGACGAAACAUUUGCCAUUUCCAGUUCCUCAGCCAUAGAUACAGCCUUCGACUCUGUUAUUGGAUGCAUAGAGGACAUCAUCAUGGAGGAGGAGUUCCAGCAGCUGCAGUUGAGCUUCAUGGAGAAACACUACCAGGAGUUUGACAACACUGAUGAGAACAAGCUCAGCUACACAACCAUCUUCAAUGAUUAUGUGGAACAGUUGGAAAAAUACGUGGAGCAGCAGCUGAUCAGGAGGAUCCCGGGCUUCAACAUGAGCACCUUCAUUGAACAUCUCAUGCAGCACAAAGACGAGGUGUCAGGUGACAUAGUGGACAUUCUGCUGUCUUUUAUUGAUUUCAUGGCCUUCAAGGAGAUGGUUCUGCAAUAUAAAGUGGAAAAAGAGGGACGGAGUCUGGACCUGAGCCAAGGCCUGGUCGUCACACCUUUGACCCCUGCAGCCUCUAGCUACUCUGGAUGCAAUCAAUCACAGUGACACACAGACCAUAGACCCAAGUAUGUGUUUAUGUGAAAUAUUUUUUAUUUGACGUAGUGAUCAGCUCACCCAGUCAACAGACAAUCAUUUAGAUGGAUGGACAAUUUCAAGUCUCCAACCGACUUCUACAUAGAUGUUUUUGGACUGAUGGAGGAAGCCAAAUUAGCACCCACACAAGCAUAGGGAACUCCACACAGACAGAGUCAAGAGUCAAACCCACAUCCCAACUUGAACCUUCUUCUUGUCGUGCAGUGCUAACUAGUGCAGUCCCUUCUAAAUCUUUGUGCAUGAUUAAGAUGAAAAAUACAUGUGACAGCAGCCUCAUUGUCAUUUUACUGUCUUCUAUUCAUAAAUGUAUUCUGAAGGGUUCUUUUGAAGAAUACUAACAUUUUUGUUUGCAGAGAUAAAAAAAAUAAAUAAAAAAAAAGCCAAUGUUAGCCUAAAAGUUUUAAGCUUGACUAAACAAGAGUCCCGGACAUUUUUAUGACAUGUAUUAUUGUUUGGAUUGAGUUUUGUGCCUGUGACAGUGAUUUUUAAAUGUGUAAAUAGUGAUUUUGUAUAGUAUAGUUGUCAAUAAUGAAAAAUUGUGUGCUAUUUUACUGCUACUUUCUAAUAAACAAAAGCCUGAAA